AGCACUGCGCACUUGACUAUAUCCAUUGUCAACACACUGUAUAUGAUCAUAAGCCGCUCUUUUAACCAGACAACCGACCUGGACAUUGACAGACUUGCAGGAUGAAGAUGGAUGGCUGGGAAGACCGCCUCCACUUUGCAUACCUCGGCGAACAUGUCCUGUUCGGUUCUCUGCGCCUCAACUCUUCCGCUCAUUUCUUCCUGGCUGCAUGCUUGACUAUCUUUAUAUGUCUGACAGAAAGACUGCUUACUCUCGCCUUGUCGAAGCACUGGUGUCCGUUGACCUCUAUACGACACUCACGGCUCCGCAAUGCGCUAUGGCGAACCGCUCUGUAUUGGAUAGUUACCCUGAAUCGACUGCUAUACAUGCUGGUCGCUAUGACCUUUCAUCUCGGGCUGCUCCUUGUGACUGUGACAGCAUUAUCUGUUGGUCAAUUCAUGAUGGAGUACUUGGACGCGCCGAGUCCGCGGCCCCACACACGAGACUCAUAUGGGGUCAAAGAACCUCUCCUCAGUCCAGAUUCCCCAAUCUUGAACGCCGUGAGGAUGGACCGGAUGACUGGGCGUCCGCGUUCCAAGUCCAAACCGGACAGUAUAUUCAUACAUCCGAAUGAGUCAAAUAUCGCCCGCGCAGAUGCUGUAGCACUUGAGAUGGGAAUAGGCGGCGACACGGAGCUCGUGAAAGGGAACAUAUAUCCUGAAGAUCAGGACACAUGGGAGCUUGGUAGAGGAAAAGAGAUAGCUAGGGCCCUCCUUAGCGGAACCUCAAAGGAGAAGCCGAACACUAUGCAGAGCCACAAUCGCAGUGGUUCACGACAACGUCUGUUCGACAUCGGAGAAGAAGAAUCAUCGUCAGACGAGGAGCCGGGCUUCCCGUAAAUUGUAAUAUCAGCUUGCUUAUUCUUACAUCUGCCUUGUCGUCCAGACAAUAUAUGUAGCACACUCCAUAAUUCAUAAUUAUGACCGACAUUGUCUCUGUAAUAUUCCGAGCAGUGGUAUGAAUAAAUAUUGUACAUCGUUUAUCGACUUCCACCGGGCACUGUGGGCGCUAUGGCGCCUCUGCGAGGAGCAAAUCCCCCGCGACGAGACAUCUGUGGCGAGUUUGACCUAUCAGCCUCCGCUGUCUUACGCUGCCAUUGAUCAAUCAGCUUGCCAACGCCUUGGUAAGGCUUAUCCGGCGAUUGUGGGGAAGGGUCCUCAGCAGAAACCGUGGGUUUGCGCAGGGGCAAGGGGGACAGCCGAGGACGCUCAGGCGAGCUAGGACCAGCGGUGAAGGACUGCUUCAGUGGCACACUUCGAUAGCUGUGCCCACUAGCGGGAGUUGUAUCGGGCAAGCCUGAGCCUUGACUAGUCCCCGUGGUCGAUUCGCGCGGAAGGCCGGUAGGCGAUAAACGACCCCUCGACCCUUCCGUAAUCUUGCUUGGCGGGUGGAGGCUCUGACCAGUAAUAUUACCCUUCAAAUCGUCAAGGCCACGGGUAGGUGAGAUUCUCGUGAAGCGUGAGCCCGGACCAGGCGAUGGAGCCUGAGCAGGGAGCUUGAGAUUGGCGGGCUUGUUGGGUGCCACAGGUGGCGAACUAGGAGUCUGCUUUGCCCUAGACUCGUACAUUUGAACCAUGUCUGAGAUCGAUGUGCGACGAGAGGAUGACCUCCGGGGAUUUUCCGGGGCUUUCAGUCCGGUCGACAAGGAGUCUCGCGAUGCAGGCGCAACACUCUCCGUAACGUUCUUGGAGACCGGAAAUAUGAACAUAGACUGAGGCCGUGACCGUCCGGAUACUUGCGAUGACGUCUGUGAUGGUAUAGCUCCCUUCGCAGGAGGCUGCUUGCGUUGUUCAACAGACACACGCCGCUUGGGAGAAUGGCCUCUUGGUGUGCUUUCCCUCACCGAAGAAAUUAAAGCCUCUGGAGAGUCCGACCGUUGCCUCGACGGCGACGGGGGUGCAGGAGCGCGAAGCCUUUGCGUGUCUUGGCCCGUAAGUUGCGAACCCGUAGCGUGGCCCUGUGGAGUGCUGGGUCUAUCCUUCGAGCUUCCUCCCCAUAAAUCUACCAGAUCAUGCACUGAACUCUGCCUGCUCUUGGACCUAGCUCUCCGUCUCCGAGAUUCCUUAUUUCCACUAGCUUCAGAGCCUGCCAUGGCAGUGAAUCCAUUCACGUCCUCGGGGCCCUCGUCUGACCCACUAGACGACGAAGUAUUCUUGCGUUGCGGUUUCUCCACUACAGGGCUCCAGUUGUCGGUCAACUGGGCUGAAACGGUCCCCGUGCGGAUUGGUGACGGCAUCCUUACAGCGUUACCCGACGAUACACCUGGAGGCUUCAGGGAUGGACUGGGUGGGGGCGUAGUUUCGUGCGUAGUGAUAGCUGCACGCGCAGGAGGUAUUGUAAACACCCUCCCUUGAAUGACAGAUGCACGUUUGCUGGGCGACCUCCUCAGCACAGGAGUGCCAGGCGCCCCUGCGGUAGAUGACGGAGACGCCUCGUCAUCAGUACCAGUUAACCAGUCACGAGCUUCGGGCUUGACAUUCAACCCAGACUGAGAUGAUUGCUCUGAUGGCGUGUUGGCCGAAGAAGACGCUAUGUCGAUCAAAUCAUUACUAGGAGCGGGAAUAUGCUUGAUGGAUAGAGAGCUGCGAUGCUUCCGGGAUAGACUAGGCCUUGGCGGCCUCGAUUUCCGUACAUCCGUAGCUGUGUCAUUGGUGCUAAGCGGUUCCCCAAACCGCCUCUGAGAGCUGGAUUGCGUCUCCAUCAUAGCAAUACCGGUAACCUGUUGAGAUCUCACUCCAGCACCGCCAAAGGCCCCUUUAUUGACCUCUAGGGCAUCGUUGCUGGCAGCUGUACCAGAUUCAGUACCUCUAGGCGGCAAAGGCGGCGGUCCCGAGGCCGAUGAUGUCUUGCUUAGUCCGGACUCAGUGGGAUUUUUGCGGGGGGCUCCGACAGAAACACCCGGAGAAGGUGACCCGAAUGUACGAUCCAAUUCUUCCACCGAAGGGAACCGCUGCUCGGGGGAGAGUUCUUCUGUCGGUAGUGACGACGUGUGACCCCAUGUAGGCUUAGGACUGGGCGGGGCUGCAGCGCUAGAGAAAUAAGACGUCUGUGGCUUGGGUGACGGAGUCGGCUGAAGGGGUGUAUUUGAACUUGACGGCCUAGACGGCAGGAGUCCUGUGCCCGAAGAACCUCCUUGGGGCACUACAAGGCCUGUCCUAGAUCUACCAACGUCUCCCAAAGUCUUUACGGGUGUCUUUUCGGAGGAAGAUAAGCCCAAUCCAUCGAAAGCGUCCUUGGUCUGAUUCCGAGGCGCAAGUCCUAAUCUGUUGUGGGAUCCCGUCAGGCGUGGCGUGGCAGACGGUGGUCGUGGUGGAAUGUUAACCGAGCUCGGGUUCGAGUCCCGACGGUUAGCCGACAAUGCCGCAGCAGCAGCCUCUGAUGAAGACGAAAGCCCCAACGAAGCACUGAAAGAGUCUCCGAAACCAUCAGACGCCCCGCCUUUGGUAGCUCUACGACUCUGGUCGGCCUUUGGUCGCAGCCAAGGGUCCGCUUCAGUGAGAUCGAUCACGGGAUUCUUGACCUUCCACGCCUCAACCGCAGCCAGACCAGAUUUGUGUCCUCGAACAGGACCAACUCCCUCACCGCCCUUCAUGGCUUUCCAAGCUUCGUCACCCUCAGCGCCAAAGCCCAUGUCAAGAUCCCUGAUCAAGGUACCUUGUCUGGACUGGUCCUUGCCUAGGUCUCCGGAAAGGACUGAGGGUUUCGUUGGACUGGGAGGUCUAGAAGCCUUGUCAUUCGGGCGUCCUCGACGCAUGGGGGCAAUGGCUUCAAGAACUUUGUCUCGAGCUUGUACCCCAGAUCCUGGUGCCGCCAUAAUGGGAGGACUGCCUGCAGGAAGGGCGACCCCUGAUUGCGAGGACCGAUAGGUAACUAGAUCGUCCAGAGGAUUGGCAGGUGGGGCAGCAGAUGAAGUUCUGGACAAUCGGGGCGAUAGAGGCUGAGGAAUAGGGACAUUAUAUGUGAACCUUGACUUGGUCCCGCGAAGCCGAUGAACUGUGUUGAGGAGCUCAAAGACUGAGGGACGCUGUGUACCGUGCUCACGAAGCAUGGACGCAAUAAGGCCGUUCAUCUGACUGGAAUAAACUGGGUAUGGUGGUAUCUUGUACUGGACAUUGAGGAUAGCCAGUGGCCCAUGCUCUUCGAAAGGAGUGGUGUAGUAGCACAGCUUGUAUAGCAAGACACCGAGCGCCCAUACGUCCGACUUCUCAUCGAUAGGUCUCCGUAGAUACGGGUCGACCAUUUCAGGGGCUCUGUAUUGUAAGGUAGUAUGCCUGUUCAAAUCCGCCUCGAGCGCCCGAAUCUCCGCCGUGGUGGAAGGUACCCUUGGCGCUACAGGCGCAGCCGAUCCAAAGUCACAUAGUUUGUAAGAAGUAGAUGAGGCCUGGAGGAUGUUCUCGACUUUGAGGUCACGGUGAAGGAGAGGGGGACGGAGAUUGUGCAUCGCGGCUACCCCUUCACAGACAUCCACGAAGAUCUGGAGAAUCUCAGCCUCCGUCAGACGUUCUCGGAGACGUCUGUUCAUCAUGUCGAUAAUACCGCCGCCUUGGCAGAACUCCAUCAGGAUGAAGACUUCGUACAUGCCAUUCGGCAUACGGUGCCAAGCAGCAUCAAUAAGGUAGACGAUGUUGGGAUGUCCCCUGAGGAUCCGCAUAAUGUCAACCUCCUUUUUGACCUCGGACAACAUCGACUCGCUCUGAACAGCUAUCCUCUUAAGGACAUGAUGGUGAGUAUUGUAUACAGGCUGCGCCGUUCUGACGAGAUAAACAUGCGCGAAACCACCCUGACUGAGGUACCGUUCCACUUGCACCGGGUAUUUAUUAACAGAUAUCGUCUGCCCCGGUACAAGUGUUCCUCUGUUCGUCAGCUGGUAGGCUUGCGCCUG